AUGUAUGCGAAGGUCUGGCGUAUAUCAGGGUAUAUCUAGUUAAAAUACAUACCAGGUCUCAUCAACAAUCAUCGGAGGAGAAAACGGAAAAUGUACAAUCAAUACUUCCUGUUUCAUGACAGCCUUUAUCUAACCAGCUUUAUCUGAACUAUAUUUAACAUUCGUCAUAUUAAUUUAUGACACACAAACAUGGGGAACAUUGAAUCUGUUGAUGAAUUAGAAUAUACAGACUGGAAAUUUGUUGGACGUCGUGCAGACCUGGAAAAUUUUAAGAAAACGCUUUCCAAAAGUAGAUCAGUUCUUGUUUAUGGGAUGAAGAAAAUUGGAAAAUCAAGAUUUAUGAAAGAAGCGUGUAGACAACCGUUAGAUAUUAGAAAUACAACAUACUUGUGGAAAGAUUUUGAAUUAGAUGAUAUCGAGUCAGGAUAUUCUCAAUACGACUGGUUUCUUGAGUUUCUGGAUAGCGUAGGUGCAAAUCAGGAAAGCUUUAAAAGAAAGUUUCCAUUGCAAAAGAUUGCAUGCGAUUCCUGCGAGCUUUGUCUGAAACCUGGAAGUAACAGAUGUGUAAAACAGAAUGAUCUCAUUAAGUCAGCAGUCGAUAUUGUAAUAAUUCAACUAAAGAAAUGCAAACAUAAAAUUCUACUUUUUAUAGAUCACAUUGACAAACUAAUGGUUAGUAAUUUUAAAGACGCGUUCCUAUAUUUUCACGAUAAGUCACUAAACUGUUUUAAGUUGAAAACAAUUCUCUCUUCUUCCAACAAACCGAAAAACUUAAAGAAAGGCUUUAAUUCCUUUGAACUCCGACCGUUAGACCUCACAGCAAUCAUUGAAUUACUCUUUGACACUACUGAGAAUAGAAUUGUCUCAGAUAAUCAAAGCAAUUGUAAUAAAGCUGUGAAAUAUUCUCAAAAACAGAAGGUUUUCAAACCGGAAAACAAGCCAUAUAUUGACGCCAUUGGGAACUUGUGUGAAGGUCUUCCGUUAGCGGCUGUUAUGUCAGGCCUGCGUUUGACAGAAGACUACUGCUUUUUCAAGCCUGCAGAUCUUGUAGAAAUCCUGAUAUGUAUGCGACUAACGAGUCUCAGUCCGGACAACUGCCCACCAGACGACAGAUUAGAAAUCUAUAAAGAACCAUUAGAUGAUGUGAAGGAUAUUUCUUCGUUCUUCCAUUGUUUGAAUCAACAGCUGACUGGUACCCGGUUUAGUAUAGAACAGGCCUUAGCUGCUGCAGAAGCUUCAGGAGAUACUUCAUCAACGGAAGCUCGCGUAAAAGAUAUCAGGAUAAAAAAGGCUUUGGAUAGGUGUAUACUGUCUGUACAAUCACUGCAAGAGGAAGAAAUGUUCAAAUGGCAUGGCAUAUUCCGGGAGUGUCAAGCUUCACUGCAAACUUUAGACGAAUUACCAGCUGGCCAUGAGACUGCAAAGAAUAUGGUAAUGAAAUUUAUGAAAGAAAAUGUUAUGAAAGCUGAACUAGAUUUUGAUGAGGAAAUACUUAGAGAUCCAAAAUCUCUAGAGUUUGCCAUCAGAAGUCUCUCCUGUAAGGAGAAAACCUCAACGCCAGUGCAAGCUGAGAACGACGAAAAAUAUAAGAUAAUGUCCUCAUACGAACAACAUCACCAGGCUAGUAAGAAGGUUGAAGCGACUCUGUAUGACACGGAACAUUCUGCAGUGAUGGAAGUCCAUAAAGAAGUAGAAAUUCAUAAAGAUGUGGAAAAUAGCCCAUCUACUGACACAGGAAAACCCAACAAAACAGCAAUUCGGUACUCCGUUUCAGAGAGUAGUGAUAGCAGUGAUUCUGAUAGUAUGGGUCUACAAUUUAUAGUAAAAGAUGAUAACGGGACAUUACAAACCAAAAGUGAACAGAUCACAAACGGACUCCACUCUGUAAGUCCACCUCCAUAUACAAGUCGUCAAGGGUGUUCAGAAGAACCAGAACUGUAUCAUAUCCAGAAUAGUGGAGAAAGGAAUGUUUUCCGGCCGAUUAACAGACAAUCUACAUCAAACUCUGCUGGAGAGCCUCCACCUUACACUUCAACUGACCCGAUUCACCACCUUUCAAACAAUGUUAUUGAACCUAAUAGACAGUACAUUAAUAACACCUCGCCACACCAUAUCUCUGAUUCGACUGCCAUGAAUAAUGUUCGACCUCGUUCAUUGCCAUCAGACAACAGCUUAUUGUAUAAUUCCCAAACUCUACAAGAAAGUACAUCAGUAGAUAGUCGGCAAAGGAAUUAUGGUGAUCAGAGUUUACGUAGAGCUAGAUCAGAUCCAACUUGUAAUCAUUUCGAGAACAUUUCUUCUAGACAGAUAGUAAAAGAUCAGCCGAGAAGAGAAAUAGACACAUCAAUUGGUUACGACUCUUUGACAGGCCCUCCAGCAAUGAGAUAUAUUCCACCAGUCCUAGAAAGUUUCACACAUGGCUCACAUGAACAUCCAAAUACAGACACGAAAAUGAAAAACUCAGUUCUGCGUAUAGAUGAAUUGAAGGAGCCAUUUUCUCACACUUCUGUAGGAUCUGCAUUUGACCGAUCAGGUGUUUCUUCGCAGGGACCAGAGGACAUUUCUUAUAAGAAGUCUCUUGAAAAUGUUCUACAUGUCGAUCAGGAGUAUUUCAACCAGAUCUCACAUAUUUCAUCGGUUCAGUCCAAUGGUCAGUUUUACCAAAUCAUACAAAACCGAGAUACGCCACCAUUUCAAGGACAAUCAUAUGGAAGAAUGUUAUUAGUUAAUCAAAGUAAGCAUGAAGCAAAUGCAAAAGAACGGUCUCGUACGGCUGUAGUCAGCCCUAUGCAGCAACGCCGAUCUCCUCCUGUUGCCCACAAGCAGUUACAGAACGAACAAAGUUUUACAAAAGCGAGGCCUUACGAAUGA